UGUGUUUGUGCGCGUGUAUGUGUGUGUGUGUGUGUGUGCGUGUGUGUGUAAGACAGCGGCUCGCGAUGUCCACGCUCUCCACCACUGUUCUGGUGAUCCGAUAGUUGUGAAAAGCCACCACUAGUCGCCCCCAGUGCUCUUGCAGUCUCCAAUUUUCUUUCCCACUGUAGACUUAACGUCACGUCCGCACUUGAACUUGAAUUUUAUCCCAUUGUACGGAGGCAGCCCUCGCCACAGAGACACAGAGAGCUCCCGGAGAAGCAGGACUCCGCCAUCUUCAUAGAGGCAGAAAAGGGAGAAAAAAAAGCUUCAUUCAUUUGUAAAGGAGGUGGCAAGUCCAUGUCCCUGGUCUCCAGUGCGCAAAACCGAAUAGGGGAGCAAGUGCAAAGAGUUGGAGAGAGUGCAAAGUAACCGGGCAUCGCAUUCACUUAGAGCCCAGGAGAGAAGAAGAACUGUCCAGUGCUUGGCACACUCAAGUGCCAACUCAAGGAGACUCUGGAUUCGUUUCAUCCAAUCUAAUAAGUAAUUACCAUUUUUCUUUUUUAGAAUUAUUUUGACUCGGAGAAAAAAAAAAAAUCGAAUUGCCUUUGACAAAUCCACAAGGCGCAGAGCGGACGAAGAGAGAGCCACCAAGAGGGUCCAACCUACCCAAACGCACCGGGCAUCACGUUCUGAGACAUUUCCAGUGGUUUCUUCACAACUGUCACUCGUCAAGGAUAUUUUCGCCCUCGGACAGAUCGCGCUCGGCACACAGCUGAAGUGCAUGUGUGUGUCGCUGAGGUACUGAGCGUCUGAGCGUCUCUGGUCAUCUGGAGAGCCGGAGCGCAAAGACACAUUCGCUUUUCUCACAUUCACGGGACCCCUAUCUGUAUCCACGGCCCGGAGCUGUGGCAGUUCUUUGGAAGUCCCGGGAAAAGUUAGAUACCGAGGGGGGAAAAAGCCCACGCCACGGACACAGGGCAGAAGGCGCGAGCCGACUAUUCCUUGUGCGGGUCUCUGGGCGAUGCCAGUGUAAAUGCCAGGGCAAUGUCCCGUCGCAAGCAGGGAAACCCUCAGCAUUUGUCGCAAAGAGAAAUUAUAACACCGGAAGCUGAGCAUGUGGAUGCAGGACUGGCCGUGGCUGAUCACUCUCACCCUCACCCGCUGCUGGAUCCCAGUAUGACUGGGCCUCUGCCUCCGGGCCUGGGCGACCACGACCUCCUCACCUGUGGCCAGUGCCAACUAACCUUUCCCCUGGGGGACAUUCUGCUCUUCAUUGAGCACAAGAAAAAGCAAUGCCAGGGUCUGACGACCGGCCACGGCUGCUAUGACAAGAUGGCAGACCGCAAUAGCCCCUCGCCGCCCCGCGCAGAGCUGAGGAAAGUGGUGGAACCGGUCGAAAUUGGAAUCCAGGUGACACCUGAAGAAGAGGACGAGAGACUGUUGACGCUCCCAAAAGGAAUUUGCCCCAAGCAAGAAAGUGGCCUGGCAGGUAGAGAUGAACCUUCGAGUUACAUAUGCACGACGUGCAAACAGCCCUAUUCCAAUGCCUGGUUCCUUCUGCAACACGCUCAGAACACGCAUGGGAUACGCAUCUACUUGGAGACCAACCCCUCGAAUACCUCCCUGACCCCACGGAUCACUAUUCCUCCCCCCAUUGGUGCUGAAUCCAUACCACAGUCCCCGUUAACCAGCUUUUUAGGGGACAACAACCCCUUCCACCUCCUACGGAUGACUGGGCCCUUACUCCGAGAGCCCCCACCUGGCUUUGUGGAAAGCCGCCUCCCUAAUACGCCUCCUUUUGUCAGCCCCCCUCCUCGCCAUCACUUAGAUCCCCAUCGCCUAGAACGCCUUAGUGCAGAGGAAAUGGGUUUAAUCUCCCAGCAUCCCAGUGCCUUUGAGAGAGUGAUGCGCAUGACACCCAUGGCCAUGGAGUCCCAGUCCAUGGAUUUCUCCCGCCGACUUAGAGAGCUCGCUGGAAACAACAACUCCACUCCACCGCUGUCACCAAGCCGUGCAAACCCUAUGCAUCGCCUCCUCAAUCCCAACCCCUUCCAGCCCAGCCCGAAGUCGCCCUUUCUGAGCACCCCUCCACUACCUCCCAUGCCCCCUAACAGCACCACCCCACCGCAGACACUGGCCAAGUCGAAGUCCUGUGAAUUCUGUGGCAAGACCUUCAAGUUUCAGAGUAAUCUGGUUGUUCAUCGGCGAAGCCACACGGGCGAGAAACCCUACAAGUGCCAACUGUGUGAUCAUGCCUGUUCUCAGGCUAGCAAACUGAAACGCCACAUGAAGACCCACAUGCACAAGUCUGGCUCCAUGACAGGGCGUUCUGAUGAUGGCCUGUCCACCACUAGUUCACCCGAGCCAGGCACUAGUGACGUCACUGGGGAGGGUAUGAAGAACAGAGACGGUGAUUUUAGAGGUGAGGGCAUGGGCCCUGAAAAUGAAGAGGAGGAGGAAGAGGAAGAAGAGGAGGAACUAGAAAAUGAAAGCAGGCCUGAGUCAAACUUCAGCAUGGACUCGGAGUUCAGUCGGAAUAGGGAAAAUGGCUCAAAGCCACCUUCGGAUGAGAAGAACCUCUCCUUGGGGAAGAUGGUGGAAAACGUAGGGCUCAGCUCCAUCCAACAGUACAAUAACUUAAUAGUCGACAAUCGGAAAAGGCUUCCGUUCUCCAAAAGGAUGUCAGAAGGGCAGAGGGAUGCCGGUGACCGUGAUUCAGUAGCAAGGGAAAUGGACCAAGUGGAGCGGGCAACUGUGAACGGAAGGAACUGUGGCUCGGGUGACUCUUUCUUAGGCCUGUUUCCCCGCAAGCCCACUCCCAUCACCAGCCCCAGCCUCUCCAACUCCUCUAACAAGAGGAUCAAAAUCGAAAAGGAUUUGGACAUACCCCCAGCCCCCCUAAUCCCAUCUGAAAACGUCUACUCCCAGUGGCUAGUGGGCUAUGCAGCAUCCCGCCACUUCAAAUCAAAAAAAAAAAAAAGGGAAAAUUUAUUUGGAGCCGCUAUAAACCACCCAUAUAUGAGUGGAUACAUUAGACAAUAUUUUAAAUGGAGCCUUUAA